AAAACCGUUCUAACGGAACUGUUACGAAAUACAAUUUUGAAAAAAAAUAUAGUGGUGGUAAUAGUGAGGUAACCUAAAGAGAAGCCAGGCCUACAGGAAUGGAAUGAUUACAGAAGUAAUCUAGAAGCUGGUUAAAACAUCUGCCUCACAGAUACUGACAAUAGUUUGUUCAAGAGUUUGUGAAGUCUCCGGUCGAGGAGGAGGUGGGGGAAUGGUGGUGGUGAGGAGGGGGAUGCUUGUGUUAGUUCCCGUCCUAAAUGUUUUAGCAGGGCUCAUUUACUGUGCGAUAUUUUUUUUUUUACACAGACUCAGAUCAUGCUGGUCAGAGACAGCACUGAAAAGAAGAAGUUCCUUUUAUGGGAGAGUGAAGAAAACGAAUUUGAGACUAUUUUUAAGGAACUGAAGAAUUCUGUUAAUGCAACCAUCCAGAUUUCAGUAAACGCACCUGAACUGGGAACGAAGAUCUUGAAAACAUCAGGAAUCAAAGAUUUCGACAUUUCCGAGGAGCUCGAGCGUUUACAAGAAAAGCUCUCAAAUAUAAUAUCUAAUCUUGAAAUAGGCGAGCUGAAAGAAGAAUGUUUCCCAAUCCCCAACAAGUUGGAUUUAAUCAACAGACAUAGUAGAACCCUUCAAGAACUUUACACUAAAGUCACUGGCAUGACGGGUGAAGCUUGUAAGUACGAUGAAUUAGUGAGAAGAAACUUCUACGACUUCACGUACCACAGUUUAAGAGCCGUACAUAAUGAUCUGAGUGUACGAGCUGCGGACCUACAAUCAGCAGAACCAACCAUGAGAGAGAAGGAGAAAGAAACACUAAAAAGCCUAUUAUCAUACCAAAAAGGCAGAGAAAAGCAAGUCGAAUACUGA